UCCAAACUGAAAUUUAAAAUAACAACAUAGUACAAAAAAACUUCACCCUCUUUAUUAUACCAGACUUUCCUCGUCACUUCAACGGUCGAAAUUUUCAAAUAUCUCUCCCUCUUUCUAUCUCUAACUUCCAUUUUUUCUGAUCAUAUUCAACCUCUAAUCUCUCUCCAAAUUCAGCUUCCAGCAACAUAACUUGUACAAGUAAAUAGUGGUGGUUAAGAUGGCCAUCGUCCAAAGCGAUCCACUUACGCAAUUGGAGACAACUUGUGGGUCUCUUUUAUAUGAACUUCAGAUAAUAUGGGAUGAGGUUGGUGAAACUGAAACCAGUCGUGAUAAGAUGUUACUUGAGUUGGAGCAAGAGUGCCUUGAAGUAUACAGGAGAAAAGUUGAUCAGGCAAACCGCUGCAGAGCUCAGCUACGACAAGCUAUUGCUGAUUCAGAGGCCGAGCUAGCAGCCAUCUGUUCUACCAUGGGAGAGCUACCACUGCAUAUUAGGCCGACUGAACAAACAGUCGGAAGCUUGAAGGAAGAGCUCGAUACCAUUCUUCCACAGCUGGAAGAGAUGAGGAAAAGUAAAAUAGAAAGGAGAAAUCAAUUCCUUGAUGUCAUAGGACAAAUUCAGAAGGUGUCCACUGAAAUAUAUGGAUCAGCAGGAAAUGGUAGCUCAACAGCUGUUUUAGAUGAAAAUGACCUGUCUCUGAGAAGGCUUGAAGAAUUGCAAAAUCAGCUGCAGUCCCUACAAAAGGAGAAGAGUGAUCGCCUAAAACAGGUCAUCGAGCACCUGAAUGUUUUGAGCUCAUUGUGCUCUCUCCUUGGGUUGGACUUCAAGGAAACUGUAAGAGAACUGCAUCCAAGUUUAGCUGGUUCAGAAGAAUCGCAUAGCAUAAGUACUGAUACACUUAAGCAGCUGGAGACUGCUAUAUUCAGAUUACGAGAGCUUAAGCUUCAGAGAAUGCAGAGGCUUCAAGAUCUUGCAACAAUGUUGUUGGAGCUCUGGAAUCUGAUGGAUACACCUUAUGAGGAGCAACAAGCAUUUCAAAAUGUUACAUGUAAUCUUGCUGCAUCUGAAGACGAGAUAACUGAACCCAAUAUCCUUUCAACAGACUUCAUUAAAUAUGUUGAGGCAGAAGUUUCCAGGCUGGAGGAGCUGAAAUCUAGCAAGAUGAAAGAACUGGUCCUGAAGAAGAGAACUGAACUAGAAGAAAUUUGCAGGAAGACACACUUGGUUCCUGAAGCAGAUUGUGGGACAGAACAUCUCAUGGCAGCAAUAGAAUCUGGAACUUUGGACCCUGCCUCUAUCCUCGAACAAAUUGAAAUGGAAGUUUCAAAGGUCAAGGAAGAAGCAUUUAGCCGCAAAGAAUUACUAGAAAAAGUCGAGAAGUGGUUGUCCGCCCGUGAGGAGGAAGAAUGGCUUGAACAAUAUAAUCAGGAUGAAAAUCGAUACAAUCCAGGCAGAGGUGCUCAUCUCACUCUCAAGCGCGCUGAAAAAGCUCGAUCACUAGUUAACAAGCUUCCAGGAAUGGUGGAGGCACUGGCUGCAAAAGCUCUAAACUGGGAGAAUGAAAGAGGUGUUGUGUUUAUGUAUGAUGGUGUCCGUUUUCUUUCUAUGCUUGAGGAGUACAUGAUAUUACGCCAGGAAAAGGAGCUCGAAAAGAAAAGACAGAGGGAGCAGAAGAAACUCCAAGGGCAACUAAUGGCAGAGCAAGAGGCACUUUUUGGCUCAAAGCCAAGCCCGUUAAAGAGUGCUAAGAAACCUUGCAGAAGAAUGUCUAUGGGAGGAGCAGGAGGAAACAGUCGAAGGCUCUCUCUUGGAGGUAAUAUGCAUCAAACUCCGAGGCCUGAUUCAUCUCACUCUUCUAGAGCAACACCAAAUUCACGUCCAAUCAGAAAGGAUGACAAUGCAGGAGGACAAUCAACUGCAAGGAGGGCAUUGGACAUAGCAAGUCUCCCAUCAAAGAACUACACAUUUAGUGGCCGCGAAUCAGAACCUACUGUGGCCCGAAGACCUUUCUCACCCAUCUCUUCUGUGGCAUCAUCAAGAGCAAAUGCAGAUUUCAAUGAUGAUCAGAACAUACUGCAAAACAACAGUGUUCAGAAAUCUCUUACCAAAAAUGAGACACCCCAGAAAAUAGUUAGCCUAAGUAAUACUUCAUUUACCACUCCCUCAAAGAAAAUGCCUGCUGCAGAUGAAGAAAAUCACACUCCAAACACAAUGUUAAUUCAGGCCCCUAUAACACCUCUGACGGUUUCAGCUCCGAUGCAAACAUCAAUGACACCAGCACCUCUGAAACUUCUCAAUGGUGAUAACAUGGUGGAAGAUAUAGCUGAAGAUAUAGAGUACUCAUUCGAAGAAAGAAGAGCUGGUUUUGUGUUGCCCAACACACCUCUUAGAAGAGCUAUACAUGUAUGAAACCUUAGAAAACAUCAACUGAAUUUGUGUUUUUUUCUUCAUUUUUUUAUAUUUUGUGUUGGAAACAUAGAUGAUGGUGAAGUCAAACUUAUUUGGCUGCUUUGUCCAUCUUCCCACUUGUAUAAUAUUGUGUCUGAAUCUGUCACUCUAAACGAAAAUGGAAAUUGAAUUAUCUCUUUUCAUGA